UGAAGUGAUGAGUAGCUGUGUUCUCUGGUUGCCUCAUUUUCCUGCGGUUCCAAUUUCUGCAAGAGAAAACAGAAUACCCAGUUUUCUAGCAAUGGCGUUCAAUUCUUCUCUGCCAUUCCCACUGUCACCAUCGAUAAACCCAAACCCGACCCGAAACCGGAACACACCGGUUCUGCUUCUGCCUCCAACACUGUUCAGGUGCUUCUGUUGUUCCACCCAGUCCCUUCCAACCCAUUCGCCUUCUUGGGACCCUUUUCUCAAGAAAAAGGUACUAAUGAGAGUCGGAUACGUUGGAACCGAUUAUAGAGGUCUGCAAAAGCAACAAGAUGAACAUAGAUUAUCCACUAUUGAGAAAGAACUGGAAACUGCUAUCUUCAAGGCCGGUGGCAUCCGUGAUAGUAAUUUUGGGAAUCUUAACAAAGUUAAAUGGGGCCGAAGUAGCAGAACUGAUAAAGGAGUCCACUCUCUGGCAACAACCAUAUCCUUUAAGAUGGAAAUCCCUGAGAAUGCAUGGAGAGGAGACGAUAAUGGCAUCUUGCUUGCAAACCACAUUAACUCUCAUCUUCCUAAUACUAUCAGAGUUUUUAGCAUAUUGCCUUCAACGAAGAGAUUUGAUUCUAGAAGGGAGUGCAAUAUGCGGAAAUAUUCUUAUCUCCUCCCUGCUGAUAUAAUAGGAAUCAAGAGUCAUUUUAGUGAGGAUGAAAUUGACUUUCAUAUUUCAGAGUUCAAUAGUAUACUCGGUGUUUUUGAGGGAGAGCAUCCUUUCCAUAAUUAUACUGUUCGGUCUAAGUACAGGAAAAAAUUCCUUGCAAGGCAAUCACCUGGAAAUGGUGGCAUGUCUGACAGAACAGGAUCAUCUAGUUUGGGAUCAGCUUGUAAAUCAGAGAGUGAGGAAAGUGAGGUUGAUGAUUUUGUGAGUGGUAGACCAACCACUUUAAGUGAUAAGGAACAGAGCCACAAUUCUUCAGAGCAGUGUGAAUCCAAUGGUUUGAACGGUCAAAACUCUAGUUUAGUGAUUCGUGCAAGAUGGUUAUAUGAACCGGAUGAGACAGACAGAUUAAAUGCUUCCCAUUUCAGAAAGAUUUUCCAUUGUUCUUGUGGGAAGUUGGAAACAUCAAUUGGAUAUGAUUAUGUUGAGCUCAAUAUAUGGGGGGAGUCCUUCAUGUUACAUCAAAUACGCAAAAUGGUUGGGACUGCUGUGGCUGUAAAGCGCAAGUUAAUCCCAAGAGACAUCCUUUCGUUGUCACUCAUCAAGUUUUCACGAAUUGUCCUCCCCCUUGCCCCACCAGAAGUUUUGAUUUUAAGGGGCAACGCUUUCAAAAUUAGAUCAAGUGAUGGGAACUUUACAAGGCCUGAAAUGGUGUCUAUGGUUGAAUCAGAACAAAUUCUCAAAGAAGUUGAUGAGUUCUACACAUCUGUUAUGUUGCCUCAAGUGUCAAAGUUCCUAGACUCGUCAAAGUCACCUUGGGCAGAAUGGGUUGAGAAUUUGGAUAAGUAUUCAAGCAUUCCAGAUGCUCAAUUGGAUGAAGUCAGAAAGGCUUGGAAGACAUGGAAAGAAAAUUUCAGGAUAAAGCCAGCAUCAGAUGCAUAGUACAUCUAUUCAGUUGUGGUAUACUUUGUUCGGUUGUUGACACAGUUCUCCGGCAUUGGUUAUCUAUUCUGCUUGUGGGCAAACUUAACCUAUUUUCUUGUUCUGCUUGCUCGAACAUGGCAUUGAAGGGCGUUCCUAUCAUAUGCCAAGAUGUAGGGGAUGAAAAUCAUGCAGGAUCUAGUCUGGUCAAUUGGACGUGGCUAUGCGUAAAGCUAUCUUAGUAGCGAAGUUUUUCUUUUAAUUGCUACGUCUAAUCUGCUUGAUGCCGUUGUGCAGUCUACCAGAUUGCAGAUUAUUGUUUUGAAUCGAGUAAUAUACAUUAUAUUUUAUACAGUGUUGUGGCUCUGAAAAAUUGAAAACCUGAA